AUGCCUGAGAGUCGACCAAUCCGUAUUGGAGGAUGCUCCGGUUCGAGCGUCGACCGCCGCGAUGCCAUGCGCCUUUUCGCAGCCAACCACCAGAGCGACCCUGUCGACGUCAUCAUCGGAGACUGGAUGUCAGAAGCCAAUAUGACUACGAAAGGCUCCAUGAAGACCGCGGCAUCCGGUAAUGCCUACGAAGCUAGCUUCCUUGAAGCACUCGAGCCAGCGCUACCAAACCUUGCAAGACACAAAAUCAAAGUUGCCGUCAAUGCAGGAGCUUCCGACACUGAGAAGCUCAGUCAAGUAGUGACGAAGUUGGUGAAAAGCAAAGGAUUGGACUUGAAGGUGGCGUGGAUAUCUGGCGAUGAAGUGUUGCCCGCAGUCCAGAAAUCUCUAGAGUUGGGUAAUUCCCAAUUCGAGAACAUAUACACUGGGGAGACCCUUAAAGACUGGAAGUUCAAACCCAUCUAUGCACAAGCAUAUUUGGGAGGCAUGGGCAUCGCAGCCGCUUUCGCCAAUGGUGCAGACAUCGUCAUUUGCGGAAGAGUAGCAGACGCCUCUCCUAUAAUCGGCUCUGCGUUCUGGUGGCACAACUGGAAGCGGACCGAUCUCGACCAACUUGCCAACGCUUUCGUAGCCGGCCAUUUGAUAGAGUGCUCCAACUACGUAUGCGGUGGCAACUACACCGGCUUCAAGGCCCUCGAAGACAAAGGUUGGGACGACAUCGGAUACCCCAUCGCGGAGGUCUCAUCCGAAGGCGGCGUCGUCAUCACCAAGAGCCAGGGCUCCGGUGGCGAAGUCUCCACCAACACGUGCUCCUCUCAACUGCUUUACGAAAUCCAAGGCCCCUGGUACUUCAACUCCGACGUGACCGCCCUCCUCGACUCCGUCUGGUUCGAGCAGCUCACGACCGACCGCGUCGCCCUGCACGGCGUCAAGUCGGCGCCGCCGCCGCCAACCACCAAGGUCGGCCUGACCGCGCACGGCGGCUACCAAGCCGAGUUCCACUGGUUCAUGGUCGGGCUGGACAUCGCGGCGAAGGCGCGCAUGAUGGAGCGGCAGACCCGCAAGCAGCUCGGGCCCGCGCGCCUGCAGCGCCUCUCCAAGCUCACCUUCACCCUGCACGGCACCGCCGCCGAGAACCCGACCAGCCAGGCCGCCGCCACCGUCGACCUGCGCGUGCUGGCGCAGGCGCCCGUCGCCGAGGCCCUCGCCCCCCAACACUUCGUCCGCCCUUGCAUCGACCCCAUCAUGCAGGGAUACCCUGGAGCCACCCCGCACCUGGACCUCCGUAUGGCCUUCCCCCGCCCCAUCCACGAGUACUACGUCACGCUGCUGCCGCAGGCCGACGUCCUGCACCGCGUCCAUCUGCCCUGGCGUGGCGGCGGCGGCGAGACGCUGGAUGUCCCGCCGCCACCGCAGACGCGCGUUUGGGACAAGAGGCAGCCCAGUCAGCCUGUUACGACUGGCGGCACCAUGGACCCUGCUACGGCGUUUGGGAAAACGGUGCGAGGCCCGUUGGGGUGGCUGGUGCACGCGCGCAGCGGCGACAAGGGCAGUGAUUGCAACGUUGGUUUCUGGGUUCGGCAUCAGGAUGAAUGGGACUGGCUGAGGGGGUUGUUGAGUGUGGCCAAGAUGGAGGAGUUGUUGGCAGAUGAGUUCAAGGGAAAACCCAUCGAUCGCUUCGAAUUGCCAAAUAUGCGCGCAGUCCACUUCCUAUUGCACGAGCACCUUGACCGGGGUGUAAGCUGUUCAGGGACGUAUGAUGUAUUGGGAAAGAACGUGGCCGAGUUCUUGCGAGCCAGGCAUGUGGAUCUGCCCGUAAGGUUUCUGGAGCGCGGAAUGUUGUGA